AUGGGUGAAAGAAAUGUGAAAUCACAUGAAACAAUAAUAUUGAUUCUUAAGGAAGAUCAAUUUUUAGUCGACAAACAAAUACUAAUCAGCAAAAGCCAGUAUUUUGCUGCACUUCUGUCUGAAAACUUUUUAGAACAUCGCCAGAGAGUACACGUUAUUGAGUAUGAUAUUUCUUGGAUUUCGAUGCAGGAUUUCAUUGAUUGGAUUUACAAUGACAAAAUUAAUAUCUCUGCUAUUAAGUAUUAUGAUAUUGCGGAAAUUGAUCGUCUUGUGAAUCUAUUGGAAUUGGGCAGACUAUUUGCAGCAGACAAAUUAAUAGAAGACGUAACCGAAAGACUUGAGGAAUAUUAUAUGUCACCAGAAAAUGCCAUUAAAUUAUGGAUAACAGCACAAAAUUUGAGUAUCAAUGUGCUACGAGAUAUUUCUUUGGCUAUUUGCCUGGAUCGUUUUGAUGAACUGCCGCUUCAAUCAAUUAUAAAUCUAACAAAAGAAAAUUUUCUGAAGUUAAUUGGAAACAAUAAUAUAAGUUCUACGGAAUCUCAUUUGCUUCAUAUUACAAAUGAAUGGAUGAACCAUCAUAAUGAUUUUACAAUUCCUUUAGAUAUUAUAAAAAAUAAGAAAAAAAAAAUUUUAAAUUGUAUUAUAUCUUGUGAGGGUAGUGACAUUAUUAACAGUGAGCAAUUUAUUCAUUGCUGGGACGGUAACGAAUUCUUUGAACUUACUUCAUUCAAAUAUCCCAAAGAUAUUAUCGAUUGUAGCACUGAUGAAAAGACUGCAUUAAAAGGAAUGGAGAUUAUUGGAAGAAAAAACAAUUUAUAUCUUUGUGGUGGAGAAUUUGGUAUUAACUCAGGCAAGUUUAACAAAAACAUUUGGCGUUAUUCUCUGAUAUCUAAGAAAUGGUUCCUUGAGACAGGUAUGCCAAGUGAAAGAAGAAACAUGAUCGCUGUAUUUUUGAAAAAUAAAUUAGUGCUUGUGGGUGGUGUGGGACGGGAUAAACAAUUUCUGCGUAGUGUUGAUAUCUAUGACAUCUAUACAGGUUUGUGGACAUUUGGUGCGAAAAUGGGUAAUGAUUUGGAAUUUCACAGUGCUCCCGAAUAUUAUGUUUGUAAUGGAAAAUUAAUUAUAAAUCGAUACAUGUGUAUUGACUGUGAUAUGGAGUUUAAUGUCAUGCUUAUAUCUUAUUGUCCUGUUGAAAACGUAUGGGAAAAAAGGAAUGGUAUUGAAGAUUUGAAAUUUAUGUAUCCCAUAGAUAAUAAUCCAAUAUUAGAGCUUAAAUCUCUUCCAUGUUACAUUGAUACUUCUGAUCCGGAUAACAUGAUUUUAAGAGCUCUCACAACAUUCCAUAAAGAAUGUAAACAUGAACAGAGUAUUACACGUGUCGUACUUGGUAUUGUACGUAGGGGUUUAGAAUUUCAUUUCGAAUACGAUGAGCUGUCGCCUGACAUAGAUGUCUCCUUAAUACAAAAGUUUUAUAGCUCGUAUCUCAGGAAGAAACGCGAGACCGUAUAG